CGACGGGACUUGUGUUCGUGGUAUUACUGUAGGUUAGUAUAUUUAGCGUUCGCCGGUAGUAGCUUUCGAAUACUAUUUUAAUACAUAUUUUUCUAACCGGCCAAUAAUUCGUUACGGGAAGAGACUGGUUAAACAGAUCCAGUUCACGAUACGUCCAGUUCGACCAACCCCCACAAAGUCAUUUGUAUUUUCGUCCUGACGGGCCGCUACGUUAAGCCGGUACCACGCCGUGUCGUUCACCUCCAGGCCAAGAGGAAAACCGAGUUUUCGGAAACGACGGACACGCUCUACUGUGAUUUUUCCAAUCAACGAGUUUCGCCAUCGUCGGGAUACUUGGUAUUUUUUCUAGUGCUUAGAAUUCACCAUAUUCGGCCUUUUAUUCGACGACUAGAUGUUAACGAGGAAAGCACUUAGUCGAUCGUAAUCGCGAAUUAUACGGCUAGUGUCGCGACUAACGGUGGGCGUUUGCAAUUGGAGGAUAGAAGGGAUAUAGAAAAGGACGAGGAGUAAGAGUGAAAAUGGGAUGCAAUACGAGCAAGGAGAGUGUUCAGCCGGUAGGGGAUGAAGCGAAGGAGGACGCCAAGAACGGCGACAUUCCAAAAGCUUCCGAAGGCAGUCCAACGAAGGUAGAGUCGCAGGAGGCUCAGAGCGAGAAGUCAGAAACGAAGGAGUCGCAGUCGCAGGAGCCGAAGGAUUCGAACGAGUCGCAGGAGGAACAGAAGGAGGACACAGACGCGGAUCAGGAGAGGGAAAAAGCCGCGACGAGGAUACAAGCGGCAUUCCGCGGCCUACACGUUAGGAAGAGUAUGAAAGAGACUGAAUCCUCGACAAAGCAGACGGGGACCAAAUCCGACUCAGAGCCUACCAAAGAACAACUUCAGGAGGAAUUCCGCGCCGACGACAAGGAGCUUUGCGACGCUGCAACAAAAAUCCAGGCAUCCUUCCGCGGCCACAUGUCUAGAAAGGAGCAAGCUGCAUCAGCCAUCGGGAUGUCGGUGGAGAAUGCUGUUGAGAAUGUCGUCUCCAAGGUGGAAGACGCGGCAAAGGACGCCAUGAACGAGCUGGAGGGCAUCGAUCUCACGGAUCCUGAUCUGCACAAAGCGGCGACGAAAAUCCAAGCGAGCUUCCGGGGUCACAAGGUGCGCCAGGAAGUGGGGACUCCUGGCCAGGAGGAGACCAAGAAUUAAGGAGAACAACGGAGAGUAGCUGAUUCUUCGAAAUCGAAUCGCCGAUAGUAUGCCCGAAAUAAAGAACAAAUAAAAGUAAACGUAAAAUAAGAAGCAAAUCGAACGUUCAAAACAAAGAAAAAAGCAAAAAAAAAAAAUAAUAAUAGCAAGAAAUCGGGCAUCAACCUGUUUCUUUUUCAUUUGUCGUUGAGUCCUGCUUCGUGCGAUCGCGAUUACUUCACACGAUACCUCGCGAUUAAGUGCUAUCAUUUCAAUGUUCAUGAUGACAUUGUUAUCGUCCGAUAUUCUCCGUGAUUGCUUAGAAUUCUCACGUUUUAUCGUGGUUUCUUUAGGAGCUUGCGAAUUCGGACUUUCGAUUUGAAUGAGACAGACCCUCGAUAAAUUUUGAAUGCAGAGAUGGGCAAAGAUUUUUAUCUGGAUAAGAUACUUCAAGUAAGGAAUUAAAGAUCGAUAUUUUUCUAUAUGUUAUUUGUUUGAUACUGAUUAUGAUCCGAUUGUGAAAUCAAAUUAUGUUUUACGGUGGACGAAUAGAGGCUUCCAUGUGUAACUGUUUAGUCGAAUAAAUGUUGCGAAUAAACUGUUGCACAGAGCUUUUAUUCGUCAUUUGUUGUUUGAAAAUAAAUUCUGCCCAACUCUGAUGAAAAAUCUCAUCACUUUCCCUUUGUACUUUUGAAAGGAUUUCGGUCACUUAACCCUCUAUUGCGUAUUACGUUCGAUCAUUGAGAGAUUUCUAUAUUACUCCUGAAUAGCGAUAGUGACAUAACUAAAAAAUUAAAUUUUACAGCAUUUUAUAAGCAUUUUAAAAAUUGCAUUGUUAAAGAACUGUUUCAAUUGAUUCCUGUCUCGUUUAUUUGUUGUUGUACUAUUCUAAAUAAUAGAAGAGGUCGACCAACUCAAUUAAUUUAUACAAUAAAAUUAAAAUUGAUAUUUUUUAGUCCAUGCCACUAUCAAUGACAAGAAGCAAUACGAUGUUAUCUUAUAAAGACGAAUAAUAACCCUGCAGAUUAGGUCAGUAGCGCAAUUAGACGAGAACAAAAACGAAUUGCCGUCCCAUCCUAUGAAAAAAUUCAAAAAACUUUUUUUAAUAUGUUCUAAACAUGUAAAAUUUUAAAAGUUUGCGUAUAUAAAACUAUUUUACUCCCUCUUCCAUUUGUGAAACUUUUCGUCGCUGAUUAUUGAGAUUGAAUAUUAAAUAAUUGAAUUAAAUUGAAUUGAAUUUAAUAUUGAAUAUUAAAUAAUUCAUAAAGCUAUAAUUAAAAAUAAAUAAUUAAUAAACUAAAAAUAAAAUGGCUGCGAUAGAGGGUUGAAUGACAAGUAUCGCGACGAUUUUUUUUAUCCAAAAAUUCACCUGCCGUGUGUAUUCCGCGAUUACUCUAAAACUGUAUUCCAAGUGUUUACUAAUUAACAUUUACAAUCGUGCGCGGUCGAAGGUGAAAACUCCUAAUCGUCUGGUAUCGACAGUUCUUGGCUGUCUGCUGCAAAUUGGCAUUUUAUCGACGUAAAACAUCCCCUGACACGAAGCAGAGAUGGGUAAAAUUUCAAUCGAAUAAUCGGUCUCGAAUAAAAACGAUUUAUUCGUGACACUUAUUCAAUGUACCGUGAUCAUGACCGUAGGUCUCGAUUCGUCCAACGUUGAGUGUAAUUUCAUUCUGCAAUUCAAGUAAUAACUUUCGUUCAACGAUUAAUGGGCAGAAAUAAUAAAAAUAGAUACAUUCAGUGUAAGAAGUAAUCGUACAGCAACCCAUUUAAAAUAAAUGAUUCCUGUAUGAAUACUUAUUACACUGACUGUAUAUAUUACUCGUAUAUUUUGAUUUUUGGUUCUGAAUCAUCUUCAGAAUCUGUACGAUUAAAUUUAAAUUCGCAAAGUUGGAUACACAGCGCGCCACUUUCUCAAUCGAAAAUCAUAAUAGGAUCGACAAAUGGUUAUAAGAAUUGAGAAUUUCAAUGGAAAAUGUUCAGUGAAGAAUUUUAUAUAAAACGAAAUUAAUUAUAAUGUAUUUAUUUAUUAUCGAAUUAGAAUUGUAAAAUAUGUUGCGUGUAUAAAAGAACGAGUAAAUAUUGAGCUUUUGCUCGAAUAACUAUAUCCAAAAUUAUAUUAUCGUACCGAAAUAACUGAAUAAUAAAAUGUUUCUCAUGUUUUAUUCGUUUUUCGAAAUUUGUAUCUCAUGGAAGAAAUUUUACCCAACUCUGACGUGGGGUAAACGAAUCGGAAGAGCGGAUCGAACGAGAAAAACACUGAUCGGUGUAAUAAACGUCAGGAGCCGCUAUGCGUUGCGUUAAAUCGAUCGUCGGUCAAGCGCGAACAAGCGAUUAUUCGAAAAGGGCUGCCUGAAUUUCCCCAAGUCCAAGCCACUCGAGAUAACGAGAUAAAAAUAAAAGCGAAAACCGAACAAAAUCAAUUGACUCGAGAGCGAUUCGAUAUUCUUAAUGAAAUUUCAUUUCCUCGAGCAAGCCACACGAAUCGAAUCAACAAAAUAAAUGUCAUAGACGUAACGGUGUUUUCCUACAACUGACUUCACUUUCCAGAGCAAUCAAAAACUAUAUUUAUCAAAAUAGAUCAAAUAUUUAGAUUAUGUUAGAAACUUUUUCUGAAAAUGAUUUUUGUAUUUUUUCAUUUCGUUUAAAGAAUUUAUUGGCCGUAUUGAAAAAAAGAUUGAUUAGAAAAAUGUAAGUUCGAGAACUAUGUUAUAUCAAAAUAGGAUAAACAUGAGUAAAAUUAUAUGUGGAUUCAAAGCUUCAGUAACGAGUAAAAGAUAACCUACUUUUUAUUCAUUAAUCGUUGAAUAAAAAUAGAGUUUGAAUUACAGGGUGGAACAUUUUAGGGUGAACGAAUAAAAAUUUACCUGUUUAAUCGAAUAAACUCGACGAAUCACCAUACGUUGGCUUUAUUCGUCAAUCAUUAUUCAAAUACAAUUUGACAAACCUCUGAAACAUGGUGACAGUGUUCGAGAAGUAUGACUGCUUUAUAGUUCGAUUCAAAAUUUUUGUUAUUCUAAAUUAUCAUUAGUAUGACUAAAUAACGACGGGACAGUGUUGGAAUAAUAUAAUCAUAAUUAACAAUUAACGAAUAAUCCAACACAAUUAGCCCCGAAAAAUGACAAAUUACUAAUCUGCAAAUCAGCUUCCAAAUACA